CCAAUCACGUGAUGUAAACGAAGCGCUUGGUGCGAGCACAUUUAUACCCCUACUCGCUUAUGAGGGAAUCAUAAUGUAAGGAGUGGACGAACUUACGUUGAUUUAAUCAAGAGAGAGUGGUUCGUCUGUUCGUAAGAGAAAAAGACGAAACUAUUUAUCAUCACGAAGUAACGAGAUUGAACAGGCUUGUUUACUAGCAACAAGAUGGCGGACAUCAAAGAAGAGGAAGUCAAGAAAAUCGCUUCAAUAGAAAAAUCCUCUGGACGUCAGGAACUUGCCGAGAUCUUAAAGUUGAAGGAAUACAAUGAAGAAAAUGACUUAAAGGCAGCCAUAUACAUAGACUACCUGUAUGACAAUGUAAUGUUUGCUGCUGAAAAGGGGUUUUCAUGGCAUCAAGUAACUGUCAUCCUGCAGUUUGCACUGGAUUUCCUGCAGCAGUGCCAGGGGAAGCCCUUGUCUGAUGCAAUACGCUGUUACAGGAAUUUAUCUGGGAAUCUAGCACAAGUCCUUGGUGAGCGUAAUUAUAAACAGUACACAGACUAUGUUUUCUCCACAUUUAUGACACAUUACCAGCUGUUUACUUACGUGUUCACACAAGAGAGACAGACCAAUGUGCCAUAUGUGUCACUUGAUGUCAACGUCCCAAUACCAUCUGAGGAAAUGACAACCAGUAAACCCAACCACAUCUGGCAGUAUGAGAAGAAAAUUGAGGGUCUUGAGGAUCUUGAGAUGACCAAGAUUUCCGAGAGGAUUCAAGUGAAGGAGAAACUCACGUUGGAGGAUGAAGGUCAACAACUUGCUGUUCAGGAGAAGAUCUUUUCUGCAGAACUUCCCCUCACAAAAGAGAGUCUUGGCGAGAUGAUCCGUGACGUGAUGCAGGCGUACACAACAUCAACAGCAACAAGUCUGAAAACAACUGUACAGGAACUUGGGGAGGAUCUGAACUUGAUGCUGGAGAAGACAAGCUUGCCCCGACCACAGGCACUAGGCCCCCCACCACGCUACAAGCUCCGCACCCCAAUCACAUCAACAGCUGCUGGCAAAAGUCGACAGAACAAAUCGCAUGACUCAGAUCGGUCAAGCCGCAAAUCACCAAAGUCAGCCAAAUCUAAAACAUGAAGCUGCCAUGACUGUGCUCCCUGUAUUGUACAGACAGGAUGAGUGUACCCAUGGCUCCUCUCCAACUGUGAUAUUUGUUAAUGAGACGUUUGACUGAUGACUUUUCUCUACUGUAGCACGUGGUGUGAUUGCCUGACGAUGAAAAGCAGCAUCUCAGCAGGGCAAUACAGGUUGUAAUGAAUUUGUUGUGUAAUUGACACUACACACAGCAUGUUGAGUGGGAUUGCUCUUUCAGAGAUUAUAUGUACAUAGUGUGUCUUUUAUGUAAUUAAAAAACAUCAUUGUCA